GUUUGCCGGUGUACUUUGUCGUACAUACACGCUGCUCACUCGCUUUUGGGUGACUUAGGACGCGCAUACCCGUUACAUUCAAUUCUGUUAUCAGCUGGCUCUAAGUCGCUUCUACUUCUUAUUCUAAACAAUUCGCGGAUUUGCUUCCAAACCCAGCAGUGGCCUUACAUUGGCAUUCAUCGUGAAGUGAUAUUAGGCAGACUGUAUUGCAUUUAGCUGUCGAAAAUGGCUCGUUCGUUGAUGAACUUCGGCAAAUAUCUCGGCCAAAAUUAUGGUGUCGUCGCAGCGCCCUCGCUCUCGGUGACGUCGGCUAGGAGCAGAUGCACCGAUGCACGCAUCCAAGUAGCCAAACCCGUUGUCGACAUGGACGGUGAUGAGAUGACAAGAAUUAUCUGGCAAUUCAUUAAGGAAAAGCUUAUAUUCCCUUAUAUUAAGGUCGAAUGCCUGUACUACGAUCUAGGUUUGCCAUAUCGUGAUCAGACCAAUGAUCAGGUGACGAUCGAUGCAGCGCAUGCUAUCCUGAAGCAUAAUGUAGGAAUCAAGUGCGCAACCAUCACUCCGGAUGAAGCUCGAGUUGAGGAAUUUAAGCUGAAGAAGAUGUGGCUUAGCCCGAAUGGAACCAUUCGUAACAUUCUCGGUGGUACAGUGUUCCGUGAACCAAUCAUAUGCAGCAACAUUCCACGCCUGGUGCCAGGUUGGACGAAACCUAUCAUCAUUGGUCGUCAUGCGCACGGUGAUCAAUACAAAGCCCAGGACUUUGUCAUCCCGAAAGCGGGUUCGGUGAAGCUUGUUUACACUGCCGACGAUGGAACAUCGCAGGAGUAUCAUCUGUACAAGUACAACAAUGGCGGCGUUGCCAUGGGAAUGUACAACACCGAUGAGUCGAUCGAAUCUUUUGCUCACUCAUCAUUCCAGAUUGCCCUCGGCAAAAAAUGGCCACUAUACUUGUCGACGAAGAAUACCAUUCUGAAACGUUACGAUGGUCGCUUCAAAGAUAUCUUCGAGGAAAUCUAUGAAAAGCACUACAAGAAGGAAUUUGAGGAAGCCAAGAUUUGGUAUGAACACCGUUUGAUCGAUGAUAUGGUCGCCCAAGCCCUCAAAUCGGACGGAGCCUUCGUAUGGUCGUGCAAGAACUAUGACGGAGACGUCCAGUCCGAUAUUAUCGCUCAGGGAUACGGUUCCCUAGGUCUGAUGACAUCCGUUUUGCUCUGCCCCGAUGGCAAAACUAUCGAAUCAGAAGCCGCCCACGGAACCGUCACUCGUCACUACAGAGAACACCAGAAGGGUCGCCCAACAUCGACGAACCCGGUUGCGUCUAUCUUCGCCUGGACGCGCGGCUUGGAGCACCGUGCCAAAUUGGACAGCAACCCUGAUCUAGCUCGUUUCGCCACGGCAUUGGAAACCGCCUGUAUCGAUUGCAUUGAGUCCGGAAACAUGACGAAGGAUUUGGCUAUCUGUAUCCAUGGAGCUAAGAACACCAAGGAAGGCAUGUACUUGAACACCCAAGACUUUUUGGAAGCGAUCUCGGAGCAGUUGGAACGCUCGUGGAAGAAGUAAGAUGACUGUAUGAAUGUUUGUAUGCCAUUACGUUUACA